AUGAAUAUGUGCAUAUGUAAGGGCGGUUGUAAUGCAGUCGCUACGAGGUUCCGUUGUGAUUGCACAAUCGAUGAUCUUCAAAUGGAGUUUGUUACUCAUGCGUAUUUGCACGUUAACGCACGCCCCAAACUGAUGGUUAUCCUCACUAAAAGUAUGGAUGCAGCGGACUUAUCAGAGUGUAUUAAGAAGGCCUUUGAGUCGUGUGAUAUCCCUCUGGAGAAGACACUUUUCAGGCUGUACUGUAAAAAUGCUGUUCCUAAUUUAAAGUCGCUAAUAAGAUCUAUCUUGACAGCUUCAUCUUCACCUCCAGGUUUCCGUGUUGAGUACUUUGAUGUUCUCGGUGAAAUUUUCCACAAAGGGACGAGAAUAAGAAUGAAGACAUCCGACAUAAGAACAUUUUGCAAAUUGGAAGAGCUCGGAAGAUCGCUUGGCAUGAGAUUUCUGACUACUUUCAACUGUUGGUCUACCAUAAAAACCCACUAUUUCAUGGAAGUUCGUUACUAUGAUGAAGUGAAAUCAAAUGGUACACACGUCACUGCCAAAACGACAUGA